AUGCAGGCUAACCGCUUGAUGGCAGAGCUCCUCCAGCAUGACGGCGCAAUGGGUUCCAGCGGCCUGCAACGGGCCGUGCCGGACGAUGGCCGCGCGCCCUCGCUUGCCCACCGCAUGAAGCACGACAAGUCGAUCCUCGCCCUCGCCGUCUCGUCGCAAUACAUCUUCGCCGGCACGCAAGGAGGCGAGAUCCUGGCGUACAGCCUCGACACAUACGAGCUGCGCAGGACCAUCGAGGCGCACAGAGGGAGCGUGCUCAGUCUGACCCUGUCGCAAGACCAGUCACUGCUCUUCUCCAGCGCGACAGAUCCAAUAGUCAAUGUCUGGUGUACCUCAAGCUUCGGCCGUCUCUAUGCCCUCUGGUCGCCCUACGAUUUGGGCGACAUCUUCUGCGUCGCCUACUCGGCGCACCACAAGACACUCUACGUUGGAGCGCAAAACACCAGCAUACAGUGGUACGAUCUGAAGCAGAAAGACGUCCGACCGCAGCCCAACCCCGCAUCGCACCCCUCGGAGCGCAAGAACCGCUUCUUCGAUUCCACCGGCCCCGGCGGCGUCUCAACUCCCAGACCACACGGCGCCGAUGUCACUUUGAGGGAUGCUGUCGGAGGGCAAUACCUGGAAAUUGACAGGCAGGACGUGCACCAGUUCGCACACUAUGGCUACGUCAAUUGCAUGCUCUUGGGCAAGCGCAUCCUUCCCGAGGCUCCUGCGGAAGAGGUGCUCGUGUCCGGCGGAGGAGAUGGCAGAAUCGUUCUGUGGAGGAUCGAUGCGACCAGCGGAGGUGCCAUUUCAAGCCUAUUCGCGCUGGAAGACGGCAGGGAAGAAGGUGAGUCUAUCCUAUCCCUUGCGCGCGACCGCUCGUUCCUCUACAGCGGACGCUUCAAUGGCGAGGUCAACGUUUGGGAUCUGGAAACAAGGCAGCUUGUCAGGAGUUUGAAGGCCGCGACAGGAGACGUUCUCACAUUGAGCCUGGGCGGUGGCCAUCUGUUUGCGGGUGGCGUCUCAGGCCUUAAAUACAACCAACAUUACGAGACAAUCUCAACCUUCAAAGCACACGAAGGCCUGAUAUUGGCAUCCAACUUCGCAAACUACAAUGGCAAACCGACAUUUGUAACGGGUGGUAACGAUAACACCAUCGUCAUCUGGGAGGUGCCAGACUGCGAAGGCCGUGAGACUGACGCGAAGAGAAGCAACAAUGAUCUCAUGGUGGAGUCACUCAAUCAAUUCGUGUCGUUCAAGACCGUAUCAUCCCUGCCUAAAUAUCGUGCCGACUGUCGGCGCGGGGCUUCGUAUCUUCGCUCCGUCUUCCAGAAUUUUGGUGCAGCUACCGAGAUGCUUAACACGAGCGAGCCCUACAAUCCAAUCGUUUUCGCAAAAUUCCGCGGCAACCCUGCUUCUGCAGCUUCGAGAAAGAAAAUCCUAUUUUAUGGGCAUUACGACGUCAUCGCUGCGGAGAAUGAACAGGCGAAAUGGAAGCACGAUCCCUUCACUUUGACAGGAGAGGGCGGCUAUCUGUACGGUCGCGGCAUUUCCGACAACAAGGGUCCAAUAAUGGCUGCCAUCUACGCAGCUCAUGAAUUGGCCAAUGAGCAAAAUCUAGGUUCGGAUAUCUUAUUUCUGAUAGAAGGCGAAGAGGAGAGUGGCUCGCGCGGCUUUGCGCAGGCUGUCAAAGCAAAGAAAGAGCUCAUUGGUGACGUGGAUUGGAUUUUGUUGGCAAACAGCUACUGGCUGGACGAUCACGUACCCUGUCUCACCUACGGUCUGCGAGGUGUCAUCCACGCAACUGUCCAGAUCGAGAGCAAGCAUCCCGACCUGCAUAGUGGUGUCGAUGGAAGCGCGUUACUCGAUGAGCCACUGAAAGACCUUGUCAUGCUCCUCUCAAAGCUGACUGGCUCGCACGGCAAAGUCCAGAUCCCCGGAUUCUACGAUCCGAUCUUGCCUCUCGCCGAAGAUGAAGAGAAGCUCUACUCUGAGAUUACCGCCACGCUUCUCCGUGGCAAUCCAGAUCUGGGUGACGCCGAAGAGCUGGCUCAAUCGCUGAUGCGCAGGUGGCGAGAGGCAUCACUCACGAUCCAUCGCUUCCAGACUUCGGGACCAGACAACUCCACAAUUAUCCCCCGAUUGGCCAAGGCGUCUUUGUCUCUCCGACUGGUGCCCAACCAGGAAGCAUUCGAGGUGGCCCGAUUGCUUGAAGAUUUCCUCCAAUCUGAAUUCUCCCAGCUUGGCUCGAAGAACUCUCUCAAAGUGACGAUCGACCACCAAGCUGAACCUUGGCUCGGCGACUUCACGUCUCCCAUCUUCCAGACCCUUGAGUCGGCGAUCAUGUCCGUUUGGGGUCCAACUCUCGGUCGUCGACGUAGCUCCGUACACGCGCUCAAGCAUAAUAUCGACUACUUCAACCCAAAUCCCAACUCCGGCUCCGAUAACCGACCCAGUCCGACGACUUCAAACACUCUGGCCAGCGGCUCAGGCGAACCCGACGAGCAGGGAUUCGUGGCACAGAAACCAUUGUACAUCAGAGAGGGUGGCAGUAUCCCCAGCAUCAGGUUCUUAGAGAAGGAGUUCGAUGCUCCGGCCGCGCACCUGCCGUGUGGGCAGGCGAGUGACAGCGCGCAUUUGGAUAACGAGCGCUUACGCCUUGUCAACCUGUACAACAGCAAAAAGAUUUUCAAAAAAGUGUUUAGUGAGCUGCCGCUAAGGUAG